CGGGAAACCCGCCCUUCCGCCCUCAGAAUUCCCGCCCCGAGUUCAAGUUGGAAGAAUGGAGCGGGCCCUCGGGUCGGUACCUCGCUCCCCUUCGGGGGACGUGGGGAGAGUGGCCGGGACGGAAGACAGGGCCUCGGUCCCUGCCACCUACCGAAAAGACUUCCGUGUGCGCUGCACCUCGAAGCGGGCCGUGACGGAAAUGCUAGAACUGUGCAGCAGCUUCGUGCAAAAACUCGGGGACGCGCUGCCUGAAGAGAUUCGGGAGCCCGCGCUGCGAGAUGCGCAGUGGACUUUCGAAUCGGCUGUGCAAGAGAACGUCAGCAUUAAUGGGCAGGCAUGGCAGGAAGCUUCAGACGAUUGCUUUAUGGAUUCUGAUAUCAAAGUCCUUGAAGACCAGUUUGAUGAAAUCAUAGUUGAUUUAGCCACAAAACGUAAGCAGUAUCCCAGAAAGAUCCUUGAAUAUGUCAUCAAAAUCAUAAAGGCACAACAAGAGAUUCUGAAGCAGUACCACCCUGUUGUACAUCUGUUGGACCUAAAAUAUGACCCUGAUCCAGCCCCUCGGUUGGAAAACUUGAGAUGCAGAGGAGGAGCAGUAGCUAAGGAGAUCAGUGAAGCCAUGAAGGUACCUACUGUGUGCCAGUGUUAUACCUGGCUUCUUUAAAGGUUGGGCUUCCCUGGUGACCCAAAUGAUAAAGAAUCUGCCUGCAACGCAGGAGACCUGGGUUCCAUCCCUGCAUCGGGAAGAUCCCCUGGAGAAGGGAAUGGCUAGCCACUGCAGUAUUUUUGCUUGGAGAAUUCCAUGGAUGGAGGAGCCUGGCAGGCUAUAGUCCAUGGGGCUGCAAAGAGUUGGACACGACUGAACGAUUAACACUUUAACUUAACUUUCUUUAAAGGUUGGUUAUAUUUUUUGAGUUCUGAGAGUUAGAAAUCCAUCAAACAAUUUUGGAUAAUAACACUAACAUUUAGUCAGCAUUUAUGAAUUAGGCCCCGUCUAACUGUUUUACUUAUAUUGUAUUACCUCAUUUAAUCCUUACUCUAUCCCUCUGAGAGAAGUACUGCUACUUCCUUGUUUUACGGAUAAGGAAACUAGAGGGGCUAAGUAGAUUGCCCAAACAGAUAAUUGUGCCAGGAUUUAAACCCUGGAUGUUUAGCUCCAGAACAUGUACUCUUAACCACUGUAUUAUACUGUAUUGAUGCAAAUAAUCAGUAAAUAAUAUAUAAUAGGAAUAGCAGAAGAGGUUUAUUAGAGUCAAACCAAGGGCUAUAGCCCAGGAAAGAGCUUCUCAGUAGCUUUGAUGGGACUGCUCCAAAGUGGUAGGGGAGGAGCCAGUCUAUAUGAAUUUUUUGGCUGGGGAAAAAAAUGUUGUCAAGAUUGCGACUUGGUAAAAGAUUACUGCUAAGCGCGAAGAACAGAUGUCUCAAGUUAAUGAUUUUAGUGUUUUUUUCUGUGUAUGGGAAGGUGCAAGAAUCUGGGGUCAUUGAAAUAUGUCCUUAAAUGUGCAUCUUAACUAUCUGGGAGCCUGUGUAUCCAAUCACAGAAUGCUUCAUCUUGGCUUUCCCUUCCUGAGUUCCCCUCGGGGCUCGCUGUCUUGGGUGACUGCAGUGGGUCGUGCCUUCGCCCUUUGUGUAACUGGGUGAUGAGCACAUUCUUUUCUUUCAUGGUGAAAGCAGAGGUACGGGUAUGCUUGACAGGCCGUAAGACAGGCUGUUUGAGUUAGCACACGGUUCAAACUAGAUCAUGUAUAAACCAGAGUGACUUCCCCACACCUCAGUAUGUGAAAGUUUCUUCCAUCAACUGCAUAUCCAACUUGGAGUUUUAAUAUUAUAAUAAUAAAAUUGUCUAUGUUCUUGACAUGUAUUCUGCCCAAACAAAAACAUUUGGAUUUCUAGUACAUGAAAAUUAUUUUUAAACUCCUUCAGGAUCUCCUCUGUUUUGAUUACUUUCUGUAACCUUCUUUUGUGAUGUGUUUUGAUCCCAUGAUUUUCUGGUACUCACACUUCUCUCACAGCAUGCUCUUAAUCAGACGUUGGCGAACUGUGGCGGGCCAGGCUAAAACCCAGCCUGCCACCUGUUUUUGUAAAUAAAAUUGUUUUGGAACGGAGCCAUGUACUUUCAUCUACUUAUUGUCUAUGGCCUCUUUGGGGCUUCCCAGGUGGCACGGUGGUAAAGAAUCUGCUUGCCAAUGCAGGAGACACGGGUUCAAUCCCUGGUUUUGGAAGAUCCCUAGAGUAGGAAAUGGCAACUCAUUCCAGUAUUUUUGGCUGGAAAAUUCCAUGGACAGAGGAACCUGGUGGGCUUCAGUCCAAGGGGUCGCAAAGAGUGGGAUGUGACUGAGCAUGUAUGCCUGCAUGGCCUCUUAACACUAGAACAGGAGAGUUGAAUAAUUGUGACAAAUGUAAAGACCCUCACAGCCUAAAAUGUUUAUUCUAUGGGCCUUUAUAGGAAAAAUGCGCUGAUCCAUCCUCUAAGAUUUCUAAAAUUGCACUAUCCUAAAAUACAGAAUUACAGACAUUAGAUUUUUUAACUCUGAAAUUCUGUUACCUCCUCUGUGGGUA